CACUGCUUACGACACACAUGAGAAUUCACACUGGAGAGAAACCGUAUACAUGCACUCAGUGUGAAAAGAGUUUCACACAAAAAGGAAACCUUAAAACACACAUGAGAGUUCACACCGGAGAAAAACCAUUCAAGUGUGAUCAAUGUGGAAAAAAGUUUAUUUCAUCAUCACAUCUAAAAGCUCACUUGAACGUUCAUUUAGAUGAGAGGCCUUAUGUUUGUUCUCUCUGUGGAAAGAGUUUUUCAUGGCUGAACAGUUUUAAACAGCACCAGAAAUCGCAUAAAGAAGUCAGAGAUUAUAUGUGCUUUGACUGCGGGAAGAGAUUUACAACAGCUGAGCAUCUGAGACAGCACCAAAGAAUUCAUACUGGAGAAAAACCUUACAAGUGCUCAUCUUGUGACAAGAAUUUUACUGUGUCUGGAAACCUGAAAAAACAUGAGCGUAUUCAUACUGGAGAGAAGCCGUACUACUGUACUCAGUGUGGGAAGAGUUUCACCCAAUCACAAUCUUGUUGCUCAUAUUAAAAAGCAUUGUUCUGUGUCACAGUGAGAAAAUGUUUUCUUCAGAUCCAACAUUUUGAAGUAAAUCAUGGGAGUUUCAAAUAAGGUUCCUUUUGUAAAGUGUUUAUAAAGGUGUUUG